UGAGCCCACAGCUGCCUCAAAGUGACCACGGACCAACAGUGUGUCAUGAAUAAACAAGGCCACCUUCACUCCCCCAGAAAAGAAGAAACGCUCCUCUGAAAUCCAUCACCUUUUGGGAGUCUUCAAAGUAACCAAGGAUUGAAAAGAGCUGGUUUCCAGGCCCCUGCCUUCCCGUCCAGAGCAGACAGAGUGCAUGAGCGCCUCUCGACUAUGUCCGACACGUCCUCCCGAGACUCCUUCUACGACUCCCUGUCGGACGUGGCGGAAGAUGGCGAGAACGCAGACUUCUUGCCCGGGCUGUCGGCCUUCCUCAGCCAGGAGGAGAUAAACAAGAGUCUGGACCUGGCCCGCAGAGCCAUAGCCAACUCAGAGACAGAAGACUGCGACUCGGAAAGGGAGGACUCACAGAUUUUCAGCCCCUCUCCUGGGAGCCUCUGGGGGUCGCCUCCCCCUCAGGAGGCCAGGCCGGGUGAGCACGCAUCCCCGGGGACGCCUGGCGCCCACAGGCCUGCACCUGUCCCGCCGCUGCCAGCAGAGCCAGCCGAGCGCAUCUCCUCGCCUGCGCCCAGGAGGAAGCCCGGCGUCUCGCCCCUGCUGGCCCGGCCCAGCUACAUCCGGAGUCUCCGCAGGGCAGGGCAACACGGUGCCAAAGCCCCCGGCGCCAGUGCCAAGCCCAGAGCCGCGCACGGGGGCAGGGCCGGGCCCCAGAGCCCGCUGUGCAAAAAGGCGGCCACCCUCAUCGAGGAGCUGACGGCCAUCUUCAGAGAAACCUCCAAGCCGAGAACCAGGAACCCCAACGGGGAGUCCUCGUCCCCGGACAGCGGGUACCUGUCCCCUAAGAACCAGCUGUCAGCCCCGACGAGCGCCUCGGCCAGCCGGAGCCCCACCGGGGACCAGCGGGAGGUGGAAGCGGGGGCCGAGCCCCUGGAGCCCGUGCAUCACCCCGCGGCGGCCCGGGACGUGGUCCAGCCCAGCCGAAGCCCCUCUCCCCCGGCCGCCCGCCACCUGCUGGCCGCUCCCCGGUUCACCCAGAAGCUGCGGAGCCGAGAGGUGGCAGAAGGAAGUCGGGUGUACCUCGAGUGCAGAGUCGCCGGGAACCCACCUCCUCGGGUCAGAUGGUUCUGUGAGGGGAUCGAGCUGCACGACAGUCCCGACGUCCAGAUCCGCUGGGACGGGGGCGACCUGCACACGCUGGUCAUAGCCGAGGCCUUUGAGGACGACACAGGGCGCUACACCUGCCUGGCCACGAACCCCGGUGGCUCUGACACCACAUCCGCCGAGGUGUUCAUUGAAGGUGCCAGUUCAACAGAUUCUGACAGCGAAAGUUUAGCGUUCAAAUCAAAACCUGGAGCCAUGCCACAGGCUCAGAAGAAAACAACUUCUGUUUCCUUGACGAUAGGAUCAUCAUCUCCAAAGACAGGGGUGACCACAGCCGUGAUUCAGCCACUGUCUGUCCCUGUUCAACAGGCUCCCAGCCCCACCUCGUGCCUCUGCCGGCCAGAUGGACCCACAGCCGCCUGCUUCCCGCCUGUUUUCACCAAGGAGCUGCAAAGCAUCUCAGCCUCCAAGGGACAGGCGUCUGUGCUGGAGUGCCGGGUCCGAGGCACGCCCCCCCUGCAGGUCCAGUGGUUCCGACAAGGCAGUGAAAUCCAGGACUCUCCAGACUUCCGGAUCCUACAGAAAAAACCUCGAUCCACAGCUGAACCUGAGGAGAUCUGCACCCUCGUUAUAGCAGAGACGUUCCCCGAGGAUGCCGGGAUCUUCACGUGCUCGGCGAGCAAUGAUUACGGAUCAGCGACCAGCACUGCCCAGCUGGUGGUCACCUCAGCCAACAUGGACACCUGCGGCUCUGACGCAGCCGGAGAGGCCAGCAGUGGCCGCUUUCAGCCCUCCCCGCUGCCCCCUCCAAUCUGGGAGACCGGCUCCUUCGAGUUGGCUUCGCAGAAACCGGCUGAGAUCCAGCACGUGACCAGCCCCGUGUUCGGGCUGAGCCCGGCGGCCCUUCAGUUCAAUUCCACUGCGGAGAGGGAAACCAACGGCGUCCACCCGGGCCACGGAGUGAAUGGACUGAUGAACGGCAGAGCUGAUGGCAGCAAAGCUCUUCCCAGCGCAGCCGUCCUGCUGUCACCCACAAAGGAACCCCCGCCUCUGCUUGCCAAACCGAAACUGGACGCGCUCAAGAUCCAGCAGCUGCAGCAGCAGAUCCGCCUGGAGCGCGAGGCCCGCGCGCGCCCCUCGCCGCCCGCGUCCCCGGAGCCCCCGGAGCCGCGCCCGGAGCCCAUGAGCGCGCUCGCCGCCCGCCCCGCGCCCGCCGCCCGCCCCGCGCCCGCCAUGCAGGCCUCCGGCUCCUUCAGCUACGCGCGCCCCAAGCAGUUCAUCGCCGCGCAGAGCCUGAGCCCCGGCGCGCCCCGGCCCCCGACGCCCGCGUCCCCGCCGCCCCCCGAGCCCGAGGCCCCGUGGAGCGCGCUCCCGCCGCCGCCCCCGCCGCUCAGCCCGCAGGCGGCCGCCCCCGGGAUGGACGCCUUCCCGCCGCCGCCGCCGCCACCGCCGCCGCCCGGCCCGGGCCCCGCGCCCCGCGCCGCGCGUCCCGGCCCCGCGCCCGCCGCGCUGCUCCGCGCCCUGCUGCCCUCGCCGCCGCCCGCCGCCGCCAGCGUCUCCACCGGCGUCUCCGCGCUCGGCCUGCCCCGCGCCGCCCCCGCCACGGGAUUUCCCAAGAAGGCCAGCAGGACCGCCAGGAUCGCCUCGGACGAGGAGAUCCAGGGCUCGAAGGAUGCCGUCAUCCAGGACCUGGAGCGGAAGUUGCGCUUCAAGGAGGACCUGCUGAACAACGGGCAGCCGAGGUUGACGUACGAGGAAAGGAUGGCUCGGCGGCUGCUGGGUGCCGACAGCGCGACCGUCUUCAACGUCCAGGAGCCUGAAGAGGAGGCAGCCGACCAGGACCCUGGGUCUCCUCAUGCUUCUGUAGGGAGUCCUCUGGAUGGUCAAAAGGAGUACAGAGUCUCCAGCUGUGAGCAGAGGCUCAUCAGUGAGAUCGAGUACAGGCUGGAAAGGUCCCCCGUGGAGGAGUCCGGGGAAGAGGUUCCCUGUGGGGACGCGUCUGUGGAGAGUGGAGUGGCCCCAUUCUUCGAGAUGAAGCUGAAGCAUUUCAAGAUCUUUGAGGGGAUGCCCGUGACCUUCACAUGCAGAGUGACCGGGAAUCCAAAGCCGAAGACCUACUGGUUUAAAGAUGGGAAGCAGAUCUCUCCCAAGAACGAUCACUACAGCAUCCGGAGCGACCCUGACGGGACCUGCUCUCUGCAUACCGCGGCCUCCACCCUGGACGAUGACGGGAAUUACACGAUCAUGGCUUCGAACCUUCAGGGCCGCGUCAGCUGCACGGGACGGCUGAUGGUGCAGGCCGUGAACCAGAGAGGCCGCAGCCCCCGCUCGCCCGCCGGCCAGCCUCACGGCAGAAGGUCUCGUUCGAGAUCCAGGGACAGUGCCGACGAAGGUGAACCGAUUCAGGAGCGAUUCUUCCGACCGCACUUCCUGCAGGCUCCUGGGGACCUGACGGUCCAGGAGGGCAGGCUCUGCAGGAUGGACUGCAAGGUCAGUGGGCUGCCAACCCCCGACCUCAGCUGGCUGCUGGACGGCAAGCCCAUCCGCCAGGACAGCGCCCACAAGAUGCUGGUGCGAGAGAACGGGGUGCACUCUCUGAUCAUCGAGCCCGUCGCGGCCCGGGACGCCGGCGUCUACACGUGCGUGGCCACCAACCGGGCUGGACACAACUCCUUCAGCCUGGAGCUCGUGGUCGCAGCUAAGGAAGCGCACAAGCCCCCCGUGUUCCUCGAGAAGCUGCAGAACACAGGGGUGGCGGACGGGUACCCGGUGCGGCUGGAAUGCCGGGUGUCCGGGGUGCCGCCACCGCAGAUAUUUUGGAAGAAGGAAAACGAGUCGCUCACUCACAGCACGGACCGCGUGAGCCUGCACCGGGACAACUACGGCUACGUGUGUCUGCUCAUCCAGGGGGCCACCAAGGACGACGCUGGCUGGUACACGGUGUCGGCCAAGAACGAGGCCGGGAUCGUGUCCUGCACGGCCCGGCUGGACGUCUACACCCAGUGGCAGCAGCUCCCGCCGAGCACCAAGCCGAAGCGGGUGCGGCCCUCGGCCAGCCGCUACGCCGCGCUCUCGGACCAGGGACUCGACAUCAGGGCUGCGUUCCAGCCCGAGGCCAGCCCGUCGCACCUGAUGCUGAGCCCCGGCCUGGUGGAGAGCGAGGACCUGUGAGCUGGCGCUCUCCGCGGAGCCCAGACACUGAAACCGCCGCUGCCUUGACCCACCUCUCCUCUGUCACGGGACGGAAAAGGCAGAAACAUACCUUUGGCUCUAAGAAACAAAAGGACACCAAAAUCCUACUUUUCUUCCUGGUAAACCAGACGUAGAGGCUGCGUACGCGAUGCUGAUAGGAAUGCGCACCUUGCACGGAGAAUUCACAUUCAUCAGCCAAUUUAAAACUUUGGGAAGUGCUGUGACUCAGGGGGUCUGAAAUGCCAAAGUGCUAACGGAAAAAAGGUGACCACGACCUGUGUUGUCCCGAGUGUCUUCACCAGCGUAGGUGCUGCCACCCAGCGUGAGCUCGGGGGGCUCCCCGGAGGUGGCGGCACCACAGGGGACCCCGCCUGGGCUCUGAGGGGCAGUGUGCUCACGCAGCCAGGGACCCACGCGGGGGAUGGGAGGAGGAGGGCGCCACCAGGAAGCCCAAGGAAACGCCUGUGUGCAAAUCGUUUUCCACUAAACCGUGCGGAAGGAGCCACCUGCCUUCAGUUCUGUUAACAUCAGUUUUCUAACAAGGUUAAGACCUUCGUUCUUAACCUCUUUUUCUUUACGUGUAGUAUUUUCUCUUCAUGUUACCUUGGUAGGGCGCUUACUUACAAACCAUAUGAAAAUAAUACAAAGUGCUCUGAAUAAAGCAGAACCAUCUUGCAGUCCAUUCCACGAAGGGCACCCAGACCACCCAAGUGACCAAGCUGUGUAGCGUCUGGAGGAGACGGGUUUGGAAGGAGCAGAGAGAAGAGGGGAAGGAAGCACAACCAGCACACUCAGACUGUGUUCAUUUACGUGAAGGUAGCGGAGCACGAGACGGUCAAGGCCAGGCUUUUCUUUGGUUUUCUUCAAACUUAACCUAAGACAGAAGCAACACAACACCGCCAUUCCCAAGUCAGGGUAUCGAGGGUCAGUCGGAGGGAAGCUCGUGCUCGGGACGCUGCGGUGUCUGAGCUGGCGCCGGAGCAGGAGGUUGGAGGUGCGUACCGCAAGUUGAAUAUGGGCUGAGCUGCGAGAUUGUCACGGAUCAGAAACAGCCUGUGGGCGCUAGUCUACUUGGGGAGACAAAGACGGGGGUGCCAGAAUGCAUUUUCUCCAUGGCACUGCCAUACGGUGGAUGGAAACUGUUAAUUCACUUCCCUGCUGCCACGAGACCUUUUUGCCUUAAGAAGUUGCUGGGUUCCAAGUAGUUUGUAAAGGCAUCUCGGGCAAAGACUGCUUUUGAAUGCCUGUGAUUCUGCAUCAGCUAGAUGGAGUGGAUUCUGACCAGACUUGAUGGUUUUAAGUCAGAACCAAUAAACUUUAAAAAGGAGAAAAAAACAAAUUUGGGCUGAUAUUAUAAAACCUGAGUCUUUAAUGGUACUUUCCUAUGAAGAGAACACACUGUAUUCUUUAUGCAAAACGCAUUUAUCUUUCAUUAUUUAUAAUAAAAAUGUUGAACUCUCUUAGCUCAGUUACUCAAUUCAAUACAUAGUAUUUUUUAAGUAAUUUUGUAUCUGUGUGCCACCGUGUAUAUUCCGUUGUGCUGCUUCACAUGGACAGCUUUCUCCUUCCUUGUAAGAGCACCAACCAAGCAAGCUUUAAAUGCCAGGCUGGAGCUCCGGUGCCCACGUUCUGUGCAGAGUGGCACACGUGUCUCUGACCACACCUACGUGCAUUGCUGAUGUGGGAUCUCAGACACCGUGCAAAGUCUCUCCUGGACCUUUCUAUACUGUAGAAUUAUGACUUAACAUCAUCUCUUACUUGCCAAAUUUUUCUGAAUGUGACUUUUUGCUGAUUUGCUGGGUUUGGGAUUAAGUAGCAUUAUUUUGCCACCUUUCAUGUAUUUAUAAAGAAAUAAGUACUAUCCUACUACUUUGGAUUGUUGUGCUGGUGUAAUGUGGAUUUAACAUCAAUAAAUAUUUAACAAAUAAUAGUUGCAAUUUUGUGAAGCAAAUACUCAGUCGUUUUCAUUUUCUAUUGCUUGCUGUAAUAAACUGGUACAGACUAGAA